CGUCGAGUCCAGUUCACCACGCGAGACUCGCACUAGUGUACGUUCGUACAUCCCUUUGGUUCCCAUUGGAUUAAUUUUCGGUAUCGAAAUACAUCGUUUUUCGUACACGUUGUGCAUAUAAACCGUUCACGUGCAGCAAGUACGUCGGGAGGUGCGAAAAUGCGGGCAAACGUCGCCGUGAUAACUGGACCCUAGUCGUGGUCCCAGUGCUGAAUUAUCCAAUCAGUGGUUUCUUAUACUAAGUAUCGUUUACUCAUUGAGUGUUCUUACUGUUGUCCGGUGCAAGAGUGCCAAAACAAACCUUUCCAGCAAAAAGUUCGCCGACAUGAAAGUGUUCGGCAUUUUAUGCCUACUUAUCGUGGCCCUGGGCCACGGUGCCCGGGGAAACGACCUCAACGACUUGAUCGACGAUGUCAGAUGCCCAUGGCUGUGUUCUUGUGACCAGACAACGGCUGAUUGCGCCAAGAAAGGACUGGAUGAAGUGCCCAGGAAUCUUCCACACAACAUCGAACGACUAGAUUUGCAAGGAAACAACAUCACUACCAUAUCGUCGACCGAUUUGACCAAUUUGACAAAUCUACGAGUAUUGCAAUUGUCAGACAAUCAAAUCCAUACGAUAGAGAAAGGAGCGUUCAAGCACCUCGGCAGAUUGGAAAGAUUACGAUUAAACGGCAACAAUCUCAAGGAAGUCUCCGAUUUUGUGUUCUCUAACAAUCCACUGCUGUCCAGACUAGAUUUGAGUCACAAUCAACUUUUUUACAUUGGAAAGAACACGCUUAAAGGUGCACAAGCUCUGAGAACGCUGUUGUUGGACAACAAUCAACUGCUUUGUGUCGACGAACAGUCAAUCAAAGGACUCAAAGACUUGGAAAUACUAACAUUAAACAACAAUAAUCUGACCACUUUGCCUUCCGGGCUGUUUUCGGAUCUUUACCGUUUGAGAAACGUCCGAUUGUCUGAUAACAAAUUUCAAUGCGACUGUUUGUUAGAUUGGCUUUACCAACAAUGGCUACCGAGAAUCCCAAGACUAGGUUCGUCUACUUACUGCCACGGACCUCCAAACAUGGCUGGUUUACCUCUAUCCGAUAUGCACAAAUUCCAUAUGCAAUGCGACGGCGAUUUCAACGGUCAAACGGUGGAAUGCGGUCCUGCAGUUGAAGAUCAAAAGUCCUCCUGUCCACACCCAUGUACUUGCGAAGAGGGGGGCAUUGUAAACUGCAGGGAGAAGUCGUUGACCAAGGUGCCGACCAAGCUCCCCGAGGACAUCGUAGAACUGAGACUGGAACAAAAUCAAAUUACUGAAAUCCUACCCAAAGCUUUUGUAAAAUACAAACGCCUUCGAAGAAUAGACCUGAGCAAGAAUCAGAUAACAAAGAUAUCGGUAGAUGCUUUUCAGGGACUCAAGUCGUUAACUUCGUUGAUGUUGUAUGGCAACAAAAUCAAAGACUUGCCCGGUGGCGUGUUUCACGGUCUGACUUCACUGCAACUGCUACUUUUGAACGCCAACGAGAUAUCGUGCAUUAGAAAAGAUGCUUUCCGAGAUUUGCACAGUGUCAAUUUGUUGUCAUUGUACGAUAACAAUAUCAAAUCGCUCGCCAACGGCACGUUCGACUAUAUGAGAGGCAUACAAACAUUACAUUUGGGCAGAAAUCCGUUUAGUUGUGAUUGUAACUUACGUUGGUUAUCGGAUUACUUGCAUAAAAACCCAAUAGAAACAUCGGCUGCUAGAUGUGAAUCUCCGAAAAAGUUGCAAAAACGUAGAAUUGAUGGACUAAGCAAUGACAAAUUUAAAUGCAUUGACGAUACAAGAACUAGAGGCGCGGGUGACUGUUAUAGUGACAGUUUUUGUCCAAUCAAUUGCACUUGUGACGGUACAGUUGUAGAUUGCUCAGGAAGAUCAUUAAUUGAAAUACCAAAAGAUAUACCGAUUUAUACAACCGAACUAAUUAUCAAUGACAACGAAAUCGCAAAAAUUAAGUCUGAUGGACUUUUUGGUAGAUUACCAAAUCUUCAGAAAUUAGAAAUGAAAAGAAAUCUCAUUAGCAGUGUAGAAGCUAAUGCUUUUGAAGGUGCCAUUAAGCUGUACGAACUUAAUUUAUCUGAGAAUAAAUUACGGCAAGUUCACAACAAAAUGUUUAUAGGUCUCCACAACUUAAAAAUUUUAACUUUAUUCAACAACGAAAUAACUUGUGUUAUGCCUGGUUCAUUUGAUUACUUGCCUGCACUCAGAACACUUAACUUACAAAUGAAUCCAUUUAACUGUAAUUGUCAUCUGGCUUGGUUUGCGGAAUGGUUGAAAAAACAUGGGCUCACUGCCGCUAGUCCUCGGUGUGCAGGUCCACCUCGCGUCAUGGACGUUCCAAUUCAUGAUUUGCCAUCGUAUGAAUUCAAGUGUACGGGUGAUAAUGAUCAAGGCUGUUUGGGAGAUAAUUACUGUCCACCCAAAUGUACUUGUAUUGGUACAGUUGUCCGUUGCACCAGAGCUAAGUUAACAGAAAUACCUAAAAAUAUUCCGAUUGAAACUUCAGAACUAUACUUAGACGUCAAUGAAAUCGUAUCAAUCAACGCUGAUAGACUUAAUCAUCUAAAAUCCCUUACCAGAUUGGAUUUAAGUAAUAAUCAACUAACCGUGUUGUCUAAUCAUACAUUUUCACAAUUAUACAAACUUUCAACUCUACUGUUGGGAUACAAUAAACUUCAGUGUCUCGAAAAAAAUGCUCUUUCUGGUUUAAAAUCUUUACGAAUUAUUUCUCUUCAUGGAAACAAUAUAUCAUUAAUACCCGAUGGCACAUUUUCUGGUCUCGAUUCAAUCACUCAUUUGGGAAUCGGAUCCAAUCCUUUGUACUGUGAUUGUGGUUUACAGUGGCUCGCAGAGUGGAUCAAAAAAGACUUCAUUGAAUCUGGUAUAGCCAGGUGCGCUGAACCAGUAUCCAUGAAAGAUAAACUUUUAUUAUCUACUCCUGUAUCAAACUUUGUUUGCAAAGAACCAAUUAGCAAAGAAAUUUUAUCGAAGUGCAAUGCAUGUUUCACUAAUCCAUGUUCAAACGAAGGCUUUUGUGAACCAUUGCCAGAAAGACAGUAUACGUGCAGGUGUAAUCCCGGCUAUCACGGAAAACAUUGUGAACACAUGAUUGAUGCUUGUUAUGGAAAUCCAUGUAGAAAUUUAGGUUCUUGUAAACUUCUUGAAGAAGGCAGAUUUAGUUGUCAAUGUACACCUGGAUUUACUGGUGAUCGUUGUGAGACUAACCUUGAUGAUUGUCUGACUAACAAGUGCGAAAACAAUUCCACUUGCGUUGAUCUCAUACAAGCGUAUGAAUGUCGUUGUCAACCAGGAUAUACAGGUGAUUAUUGUCAAACGAAAAUACAGUUUUGUUCGAAAGAUUUCAAUCCUUGUCAUAACGGUGCCAAAUGUGUUGACCACACUACUCAUUACUCGUGCGAAUGUCCCCUUGGAUUUUCAGGUGACAACUGUACCAUAAAUAACGACGAUUGUCAAAAUCACAUGUGUCAAAAUGGAGGUUUGUGUAUUGAUGGCAUCAAUGAUUAUAUAUGCAAGUGUGUUGGUGAUUAUGCUGGCAAAUUUUGUGACAUUGCUCCUAUGGUAGCACUCAUGUACCCACAGACAUCGCCUUGUCAACACCAUGAAUGCAAAAACGGUAUUUGUUACAUUCCAAACGGUUCUACCAACGAUUAUUUAUGCAAGUGUGCUCCUGGAUAUUCUGGAAAACGAUGCGAAUAUCUGACAAGCUUAAGUUUUGUGCAUAAUACUUCUUUCGUAGAACUUGAACCUUUGAGAACCAAACCUGAAGCUAACGUUACCGUAGUUUUUACAACUACUCAAGAAAAUGGUAUUUUAAUGUAUGAUGGCCAUUCUGAGCACUUGGCAGUUGAACUAUUUAACGGACGCAUCAGAGUUAGCUACGACGUAGGAAAUUAUCCAGUGUCUACAAUGUAUAGUUUUGAAAUGGUUGCCGAUGGCAAGCAACAUAUGGUGGAACUAUUAGCUAUCAGAAAAAACUUCACACUUAGAGUAGACGGAGGUAUAGCCCGAUCUAUUAUUAAUGAAGGAUCAAGGGAUUACCUGAGACUAACUUCACCACUUUACAUUGGUGGUAUACCAACUGAUCCUGGAGCUGAAGCCUUCAACCAUUUCCAUCUUAGAAAUUUGACUAGUUUCAAUGGCUGUAUGAAAGAGUUGUGGGUGAACCAUAAACUUGUAGACUUUAUGAAUGCAGCCAGACAGCAAAAAGUCACUCCGGGGUGUUCACUUCUCCAAGAUGAAGAGCAGAUGGUAGAAGAGGAAGGUGUUAAACCAAUCAGCCCCGAACCGGAACAAAGCCCAUCUAUGAUUGACGAAGAACAAGUGGAGCCACAAGAAGGGAACAUGGAUGAAGAAGAAGAAGAUGAGGAUGAAGAUGAAGACGAAGAUCCAUGUUUUAACAAUCAGUGUCACAAAGAUAGCAAAUGUGAGCCAAAAGGUCUCAAGGACUAUAUUUGUAAAUGCCAACCUGGUUGGUCAGGAAAAUUCUGUACACAAGAACCAACUUGUAAGAAAGUGGCAAUUCGCGAAUAUUAUACCGAAAAUAACUGUAGGUCAAGAAAACCGCUUAAGAUGGCAAAAUGUGACGGAGGAUGUGGGACUAGUUGUUGUAAAGCAAAAAAGACGAAGAAGCGCAAAGUGCGAUUAAUAUGCAAUGACGGCACUAGAUAUACCAAAGAUAUUGACAUCAUACGGAAGUGUGCGUGCGCUAAAAAAUGCUAUUGACUACCAGGCCCCUCCAUAGAUAUGCCCCAACCCGUACCACACGUAAUCGUACUACCUCACGUUGCUAUUCACCAUAAUCACCAAACAUUGUUGACUAAAUUUAACUACUCAAAAACUGAUAAGGGUCACGUCGAACAGCAUAAAUGGACAGAUAAUAUAUUGAUGUACAUGUUCUUUUACGCUGCCUUAUCUGUAUUGGUCGAAUUACUCAUUGUUGUUAUAUGGUUCGUCAGCGUAUGUAUAUAUCUUCUUCUGCCGUAAUCCCUGCACCUUUUAUAGUUUUAUAAUUGUUGUUAUAUCACUAGCCAUUCAUUUAUUCCUAAGUUUUAUUAUUAUUUCUAAGACUACCAUACCUACUAAAAUUUAUUUUUUUAUUUAUAUUUAUUUUAUAUUACUAUACUUGAAGUUUAAAAACCUUAAUGACUAGAAAAGUAUUACAAGACAUUUGUAAACUAGUAUUGUACUUUUAAGUAUUACUUUAUGAAAGCCAUAAAAAUUAAAUACCCAUUAAUACACGUCAAAACUGUAUUAUUAUAAUUAUUUAAGUAAAUUUUAUAAGAAAACGCAGUUUAGUUUUUUUUUUAUGUAAUAUGUAUUGGAGAAAGCCAAAAAAAAAUUACCAUAUUUUUUCAAUGUAAAUAUUUUACUAUUAUCUGGUGCAGCGGUUUCAAUCAAGAAGACAUGUAUACAAGUGUAAGUACCGUGUGUGUAUGAUUCUGGAGCAAAAGGCACAUUUCAUUGUGCGGAGGGGCCUUUUCAGUGUUUUAUUUUUAUACGUCUUUUUUGUAUAGUGUACAAGUGUAGAAUUCGUUAAAAAAAAUAAUUAAAAUCAUAAAAAAAAAUUAUAUAUAGUAUAUUGUUUUGGUUGACAACUGGUUCUGAUUUAUGUAAUGAUAGAAAACUUUUUUCUUUUAUAAAAGAACAUACAUGAGAAAUAUAAAAUAACAUUUAUGUAAAUAGAAUAUGUUUUGUAUUGCUUUCAUCGGUACACACAAGUACAUGCUCUAAGAAACUAAUUACGGCGUAUACAAUGUUAUAACUAUUAUAAUAUUAUUUAUCUUAACUAUACGAAAUUCCAAAAUUUAAUUGAAGCAUUUAAAACACAUUACUUGGCUUGUAAAUAAACAUGCAGCUGUAACCUACAAGUUAUAUUUGGAAUCAAAUUACUUAUUUUCAUCUGCUCUAGAGACAGAAACAUAAAACAUUACACUUAAGUUAUUAAUCAAUUUUUUUUUUUUUAAUAUCAUCGAUUUGUAAUCUUACUUUAUUUUGAGUAAUCUAUAUGUCUAUUAAGUCUAAGUUUUUUUUAUAACAUUUAAUUUCAAUUAAAUAUAUUAAUAUUGUUUUUAAUUAUUAUAAAAUAGUUUUCGUUCAUAAUUGCCUGAAUUAUAUUCAUAAUAUAUGUAAUA